CCUCAAAGAAGAUGAAGCGCUCGUUUCUGGCGUUUGGCGGCGACGGACCCCGAGAUUGUCCCGCGAUGUCAGUGGCGUUACUCGAGAUCAAGUUAUGUAUCAUAAGUCUACUCAAGAAUUAUCGUUUCGCCAAAUGCAAGGAAACCAAAGCAUUGCAAUACCACUCAACUAAUGAAAUGUUUUCGUCAAUCACUCCCAACAGUGUCUUUGUUAAAGUGAUCCGAAGAAGUAGAGGUAUUCUUGAAUAAGUGCUAUAGUC